CCGUGCCGGCGUUGCGGGAACGGCCGGUGCCCUGUGCAGCGGGAGCGCACACCCGCUUCCAGCGCUGGGGGACCCUCUCCAGGGCUCUGCGCCCUCAGCGGGAUGCCGCCGCGCCCGGCUGCGUUACCGACCCGUCUCCUUCACCUCAGCCCGGCGCAGUGAGCGGGACUGGGCGCCCCCGGACCCUGCUCCUUCCAGCCAGCCAGCGCGGUGGGUCUGGGCGCCCCUCGGACGCCGCCGAGCCCGGUGAGCGGGUCUGGGCGCCCUCUUGCCUGGCGCAGCUUGCAGAAGGGGACGCGGCUGCCUCCCCGCCCGGGCGCAGAUGUCGGUCUUCAGGUGCAGCAGCGGCGGCUGUCAGGGGCGGCCGCAGAGGCGGGAUCGGAAAGUCUGUAUGACUAAUUGUCCUACACUGAUUGUCAUGGUGGGCCUCCCAGCCAGAGGGAAAACAUACAUCUCCAAGAAACUGACACGCUACUUAAACUGGAUUGGAGUGCCUACAAAAGAAUUUAAUGUUGGUCAGUACCGUCGAGAUUUGGUAAAAACAUACAAAUCCUUUGAGUUCUUCUUGCCAGACAAUGAAGAGGGCUUGAAAAUCAGAAAACAGUGUGCCUUAGCAGCGCUGAAUGAUGUCCAGCAGUACCUCAGUGAAGAAAACGGGCAUGUGGCUGUUUUUGAUGCUACAAACACAACACGAGAACGCAGAGAAACAAUCUUCAGAUUUGGUGAGGAGAAUGGCUAUAAGACCUUCUUUGUCGAAUCAGUAUGCGUAGAUCCAGAGGUCAUUGCUGCAAACAUUGUCCAAGUGAAACUUGGCAGUCCUGAUUAUGUUGAUUGUAGUAAUGAUGAAGCUACAGAAGACUUCAUGAAAAGAAUAGAGUGCUACAAGAACACAUAUGAGAUGCUAGAUGAAACUCUGGACAAGGAUCUUUCCUAUAUUAAAAUCAUGGAUGUUGGAAGGAGUUACCUUGUGAAUAGAGUAAUGGACCAUAUUCAAAGCCGGAUCGUCUACUACCUCAUGAAUAUCCAUGUAACUCCUCGCUCCAUCUACCUCUGUCGACAUGGAGAAAGUGAGCUGAAUCUGAAAGGGAGGAUAGGAGGAGACACUGGGCUGUCCUUUAGGGGGAAAGAGUUUGCCAAGAGCUUGGCGCAGUUCAUUAAUGAGCAAAACAUCAAGGAUCUGAAAGUUUGGACCAGUCAGAUGAAAAGGACAAUUCAGACUGCAGAGGCUUUGGGAGUGCCUUAUGAACAGUGGAAGGUUUUGAAUGAAAUAGAUGCAGGAGUCUGUGAAGAAAUGACAUAUGAAGAAAUACAGGAAAACUAUCCUCUUGAAUUUGCCUUGAGAGACCAAGACAAAUACAGAUACAGAUACCCUAAGGGGGAGUCAUAUGAAGAUCUUGUUCAGAGAUUGGAGCCCGUAAUUAUGGAGCUGGAAAGGCAGGAAAAUGUGCUUGUUAUAUGUCACCAAGCAGUUAUGCGCUGUCUGCUUGCUUACUUUCUGGACAAGACUGCAGAACAACUGCCUUAUCUCAAGUGCCCACUCCAUAGUGUCUUAAAGCUAACCCCAGUGGCUUAUGGUUGUAAGGUGGAAUCUAUAUUCCUGAACAUUGAAGCUGUAAACACACACAGAGAUAAACCAGAGAAUGUAGGUGUGGAUCGCUCGAGAGAGGAAGCCUUGAGGACAGUACCUAAUCAUCUGUAACUGCCGUGGACCAUGACAACAUCCCCUGCCUGCUACAGAAGCACUAAGGAAAUAGCUCAGGUACAUGAGACUGGAGAAGACAUCCAAGGAGGUCAAGCAAUGUCAUAUGCACGCACUCCCUCUGACUGUAAGGCUUUUAGAAUGUGAUUCAAUGACUUGUGGGAAAACCCACGAUUCUGGAGGACUCUUAAUACUGAAAGUUGAAAUGUGCAAGACUGGAAAUAUUUAUGGGAAACCCAGUGAAGUUGCUAUUAAUUUUUCUUCUGUGAAUAUGCAGUUUUUCAGCUGUUUUUAUUCUUCACCUGUGGAUCAUGCAAGAUUGUUAAUUGCUCUUCUCAGCUUACUGUCAAGUUUUAACUGAACUUUUACUUUUUUCAAUAAUGGCUUUUCUAAGAGUACCUCUUAUUUUUACUGUGAAUGACUGCCUAGAGUUACAUGACUUUUUUUUAGUGUGUGUGUAUUUUUUUUUUAAUGUGAAAUUCUGCAUUUAAUGCAUUGGAGGCUCCAUUUGAUACAAAACCACUUUAUACUGGAGGCUUGCUCCGAAAAAGUUUCUCAAGUACUCUUUUUUCGUCCCCUAUCGAUGUUUGAGCAUAGUUCAGGUGUUGCAAAGCACCAUGUAUGUGUGUCUUUUGAAAUGGGGAUGCUUUCCCCUUUGCCAAGAAAAAUAUUUGAUUAUAUAUAUUAAAUUAUAUUAUAUUGACAGCAAGAGAGGCUUUGCUAUCACAGUAAGUUUAUCUUCUCCAUGCAAAAUGGCAUUUUGUACCAUGGUGAGGGUACACUAUUAUACAGUUGAUCGUUAUGGAAGGAUGGUUUUAAGUACAGAUAGCUGGCUUGUUAAUAGUCUAAUUACCCUAGAAAGAGAUUAUAAAGGGUAAGAUGACAGAUAUCUUUCAGAAUAUCUGUACUAUCCAGGUUAAGCAGCCUUUCCAGGAGAGGACACAUCUUCCACAUUCAGGGUGAAAUAUACUCCCAUUCAGUGGGCCCUCAGAAGACCCAAUGCAUCACUUUAAUGCAGUAAAACUUCAAUGUAAACCCUAAAUGGGCUCUAAUAGAGUGAAUUUCACCCUAAAAGUAUAAGGUUUUCUAUGUGGGAGCAUUAAGUAAAUAGAGGAGAAGAAUGUUAAAAUAGAAUUUUAGCCUCCGGAGAAUUGUAUAAGUACAAAAACCCUUGAGUGAAUUUGGAAAUUGAUUUUUUUUAAAAUGUCAUCUCUGUAUUUUGUUUUUAAAAUCUUUUUUAACUUUCUGUGAAAUUGCAAGUGCAUUUACGUCCAAUGCUAAAAAGUGGUAGAAUUUUCUAUGCAUGUCAAGGCCACUCACUACCUUCCUUGUUCCAAACCAAUAUAUAUAUAGUGUACAUGUGUUGCUGGAUGAUAGGAUAUAGUUAGCAAUACCUAAUUGUUAAUGAAAUGAAGAAAGCUGCCAUUAGUUAUUGGAGUAUCUUUUUGAUGUUUGUAUUAUUUGGUGGUUAAUUCAACUCUUGCAUUUAUCCGUUAAUACGUUUAGUUGAAUUUCAGUGUAGAGAACUGGGUUCUGUCAAAGUAGCUUGCAGGCAGGAGCUAAAUUGUUUUUUGUUUUAUGCAGGGCAGGGGACUCUAAUACGUGCUGCUGUUGUGAUUUGUUUUAUUAAGCUAGUCUUAGCAAUAUAGUCAAUGUACUGGAAGUAAGCCAUAUAGCUAGAUUUCAUUUCAGAAAACAAAUGCAUAGGAUAUCAAAAACACUUGCUUGAAACCUUAGCAUCAAAAGCUUUUUGUCUGUAAUCCAUGCAACCAGUAAUAUGCAUUUAAAAGUAAAUAAUAUAUUUAUUUAGAUGUAUUAAUUGUUGUUGUCUAAGGUUAGAGCACAAAGCACUGCUAAGACUUUAUUGAUGCACAGCAAAACAAACCCUAAAGAUGCUUAUAUUGGAGAGGGAAGAGUUGCUAUAUAGUGGGUUCCCUUCUGAUCACCUAUUUGUUCAUAGUUCAGAAGAACAGCCCUAUCCUCUAAUGUGCCCUGUUUCCUCUGGAUCUGGGCCAUAUAAUCUACAGUAGGGAUUAUUUAUGUUUAAUGAUGGUAAAUUGAGGAAGCCUAGCUUUUAUCCAUAGUUAUCCAAGGCAGAUUCCCAAAUAUUAUUUUCUUAAUGUGCUUUGAAAAGCAGAGGUUUACCAAGACAGAGUUUGGACUACUGUAGUUUUGAGCUUGGUUCUAGCAAAGGAAGCAUGGUUAUAAAAGGGAAAUGUUUUCCUAUAUGAGUUUUUAAUCUCAGAACUUUCAAAGGUGCUGUAAAAUUCUAUUUGGCUAAAUGUUUUACGUAUAGUAGAUAUUUUUAUAGACUGCUUUUAAAUAUACUGUGAUCAGAGUGGUUGCUCAUUUGCAGGAUGGAUGUACUGUAUAUUAAAAAAUCAUUGUACACAAGUGUGAAUAAAUUGUAUGUCAGUACUUGAAAA